UCGACUGUCAACUGUCAGUUCGAACUUCGAAGAAUGUAGAGGUUAAAAAAUGGCGUAGUGGGUGGAUGUGUUAUCGGCAAUCUUUUUAUAAAAGGAUGCUAUUGCAAGAGACCAAGUUCUAAGCAAUUUAAAACCAUUUCACGCUCCCAUUAUGAUUGGGGGGCUUUUUGUAUAUAAUCACAAGGGGGAGGUGCUCAUCUCAAGAGUGUAUCGUGACGAUAUCGGUCGAAAUGCAGUUGAUGCAUUUCGCGUUAACGUCAUUCAUGCCAGACAGCAGGUACGCUCUCCCGUCACGAACAUAGCGAGGACGUCCUUCUUCCAUAUUAAGAGGGCGAAUAUUUGGCUGGCCGCUGUAACGAAACAAAACGUUAACGCCGCUAUGGUCUUUGAGUUUCUGCUCAAGAUUAUUGAAGUUAUGCAAUCCUACUUUGGCAAGAUUUCAGAGGAAAAUAUAAAAAACAACUUUGUUUUGAUCUACGAACUAUUAGACGAAAUUCUGGACUUUGGUUAUCCGCAAAAUUCAGACACGGGAGUUUUGAAGACGUUCAUAACUCAACAGGGCAUUAAAUCGGCGACUAAAGAGGAACAGGCUCAGAUUACCUCACAGGUUACCGGGCAAAUCGGAUGGCGACGAGAAGGAAUUAAGUAUCGUCGCAAUGAAUUAUUCUUAGACGUUUUGGAGUAUGUGAACUUAUUAAUGUCGCCUCAAGGUCAGGUGCUGUCUGCACACGUCGCUGGAAAAGUGGUCAUGAAAUCGUACCUCUCAGGUAUGCCCGAGUGCAAAUUCGGAAUUAACGAUAAAAUAGUCAUGGAGGCGAAAGGUAAGGGAGGUUUGGGCAGUACAACUGACUCGGAUCCGGCACGAUCUGGCAAACCCGUCGUUGUAAUCGACGACUGUCAAUUUCAUCAGUGUGUUAAGCUGAGUAAGUUUGAGACGGAACAUUCCAUUAGUUUUAUCCCACCCGACGGAGAGUUUGAACUUAUGAGAUAUCGAACAACCAAAGACAUUUCUCUGCCGUUCCGUGUGAUUCCCCUAGUUCGCGAGGUUGGCCGUACCAAAAUGGAGGUGAAGGUAGUGUUGAAGAGCAAUUUUAAACCGUCUCUACUAGGCCAAAAGAUUGAGGUGAAAAUCCCCACUCCUUUGAAUACGUCUGGAGUGCAACUCAUUUGCCUUAAAGGCAAAGCCAAGUAUAAAGCUUCCGAAAAUGCGAUUGUUUGGAAGAUUAAACGUAUGGCAGGCAUGAAAGAAACACAGCUCUCUGCAGAAAUCGAACUAUUAGAAACCGAUACUAAGAAGAAAUGGACUCGCCCGCCUAUCUCAAUGAAUUUCGAGGUACCAUUUGCUCCCUCCGGUUUCAAGGUGAGGUAUCUAAAGGUGUUCGAGCCAAAACUCAACUACUCUGAUCACGAUGUUAUUAAAUGGGUACGGUAUAUCGGAAGAAGUGGCUUGUAUGAAACAAGGUGCUAGAUCUUUGUUGGCUUCUCGAAUGUAACCAUUUGUAUGCAUGCUAUGUAUAUUUAAUUAUUAAUGUAGAAGCAUUGAUGUGGUUCUAUCUUAUACGUAUCCGAAAAUGUAUAACAAUUUUUUUUACCGCUACAUUAAUUUUAUGGAACAAUUUUAGUCUCAAGUUAAUUUUAAAGAAUGAGUGUCAUUCCUGUAGUUUGUAUAACAAUGACAGGGUGUGUUAAUUUUAUGCAUAAUUAUUAAUAAAGAGGGUAGUUAAAUGUU